CUUCGACACUAUACUGGGUAGCCGAAGUCUCCAUUUCAUACUCGAAUCAGUUCUUAAUAUCGACUCUACCUUGUACUCGGUAUAUAAAGUUAAAUCAGCAUCAGAUGCUGGUCAUUUUCUUGAAAACUGGACAGAAGACGGUAGUUAUAAGUUAGUAGAGCUCACACUAGCACGUUACAUAUAUGAGCUUUUCGCGUAACAAUCUUUCCAAAGUGCACGAGCGGAACGUGAUUGCAUAGUGCGGCGGUAGAACCCUUACCAGUUCCAAACGUAAAAUCUAAGAACCAAAUGCAGUUUUGUUAGAAGUGCAAGUGGAUUUAGAAAGUGAUCCAUCAAGUGAGAACUGAGACGAAUUGACUACCAAAAUGAUGGAAAUGAUAAGGAACGAGACUGUCGCUGAAGUGGCUCUAACCACGUUAUCACACAAUGACGAGAAACCUGUCUACAAUGCGACAACGAUACCGAUUACACCUGGCACUGUAAUUAUUAGCAAUAAAAUAUCGCCAAAUGGUGGAGAUAGUAAAUUUGGAAAAGAACCAAAUCAGGUACAGAUGUUAUCAACAUUGCCAUCCCGUGAACCUGUAGACAUUGAAUUUAAAGAAUUAGCAUACACUGUUAGCGAGGGAUUCAGAAAAGACAGGAAAGAAAUUCUGCAUGACAUAUUUGGAAAAUUCCCAGGAUCUCAGUUGAUUGCCAUUAUGGGGCCAUCCGGUGCAGGGAAGUCUACCCUACUAGAUGUUCUGUCCGGUUUUAAAACAACAGGGGUUGAAGGAAACGUUUUAGUCAAUGGCAGAAGGAGGGAUUUAACCGCAUUCCGAAGGAUGUCAUGUUACAUCACACAAGACGAUCGUCUUCAACCUUUACUCACCGUACUAGAAAAUAUGAGGAUAGCUGCUAAUUUAAAACUAGGGGAAAAUGUGUCUUAUGAAGAUAAAGAGACCAGAAUUGAGGAUAUUUUAAUUGGACUAGGUCUAUACGAACAUGAUCGGACUUUAGCAAGAGAUUUAUCAGGAGGUCAAAAGAAGAGACUGUCAAUAGCACUGGAAAUGAUAAGCAAUCCAACUAUUAUGUUUUUGGAUGAACCCACAACCGGUUUGGAUAGCCAUUCCUGCACUAAAGUAGUAGAACUACUCAAAGAACUUGCCAGUCAAGGCCGAACUGUGAUCUGUACCAUACAUCAACCGUCAGCAAAACUGUUUCAAGAAUUUAAUCAAGUAUACGUCCUGGCAAGCGGAAAUUGUGUAUAUCAAGGAGGUACAAAUAAUUUAGUUCCAUUCUUGGAUUCUGUUGGCCUGCCAUGUCGAGAAUAUCACAAUCCAGCUGAUUACAUUAUUGAAUUAGCCUGUGAGGAGUAUGGAAAAGAUGCUCUCAACAGUCUCAUCAAGGCAUCAUCAAAUGGGUCCAAUACUGAUUGGUUUGAAGACCCGACGAAGGUUCUAAAAGGAGAAACUUUAUUGCGUGCUUUCCCAAAACCCAUCCGUUCAAGGACUCAAACUCUGGAAGAUUCUUCAUUUGGGUAUCAGCUCUACUAUUUGUUGAAACGUGGUGUUAUCAAAACCAAACGUGAUACGACACUAACUCAUCUUCGAAUCGGAGUUAACAUAUUUUUGGCGAUAAUGCUUGGAUUUUUGUAUGUUGAUGCCGGUAAUGAAGGAUCUCGGGUGCUUGAUAAUUACAAUUUAUUGUUCGCUAUACUCAUGCAUCAUUCGAUGACAACGAUGAUGUUGACUGUAUUGACUUUCCCCACCGAAAUGUCUAUAUUGCUCAAGGAGCAUUUUAACAGAUGGUACUCUUUGAAAGCAUAUUACUCUUCAGUGACAGUCUUGGAUAUUCCAAUUUCGGUGCUUUGCUGUUUGAUUUUCUCGGUAUUAAUCUACCUCUUGAGUACUCAACCAAUGGAAUGGAUGCGGUUUGGUAUGUUCUUUGCCAUCAGUUUGCUGGUUGUUUUUGUCGGGCAGAGUAUUGGACUAAUAAUUGGAGGUUGGUGUAAUGUUGUGAAUGGAACAUUCCUUGCUCCCAUCUUGACCAUCCCAAUGAUGAUGUUUGCUGGUUUUGGAGUGACCCUAAGAGAUCUUCCAAAUUACUUGAAAUGGGGUAGUCACAUUUCGUAUUUACGUUACGGUUUGGAAGGCUAUGUAGGUGCUAUAUAUGGAGAGCAUCGAAGCACUCUAGCUUGCGAAAUGGCUCCCUAUUGCCAUUAUCGGUAUCCACAAAAGUUUUUAGCAGAAAUCACAAUGCGAGGCGAUCAAUUCUGGAAGGAUGUAAUCGCGCUGUCGGUGACGGUGCUAGUUUUAAGGGUGGGAGCUUACAUCGUAUUGAAGGCUAAAAUAAAUUCUGUGAAAUAGAUUUUAAGGGAUCUAGAGCUUAUAAUGAGAUUUCUUAUUUUUAAUCAAAAAAACUUGACUGACUUUAUGGUCGUUUAUGCCUAAUUCAUGCCAAAAAUGUAAAGACAUAAAAAUAAGAAUAUAAAAUGUAAUGGAAUUGACAUUUCUUUAGAAUUAAAGUGAUUUUACUAUUCCCUAGAACAAUAUUAUGACGUGUAGGUUUUAUAUUUAUUUAUUUUUGUUAUUUUGUUUUACACUAGUAACUUUUCAACUGGCCAUAAUUGUAAAUCGAACUGUAGUUGAUAGAAAUUUUUGAUUUUUUAGUAGAUUAAUCAACCGGUCAAUAAAAUAAACUAAAACAUUGAAA